AUGGGCUCUCCGAUUUCUCCUGUAAUCGCUAACAUCUUCAUGGAACACUUCGAGAAAGAGGCUCUCAGGAAAGCACCAAAGAAACCAGAAGUCUGGUUCCGGUACGUAGACGACACAUUUGUGAUAUGGAGACACGGCAGAUCUGAACUCCGAAAAUUCCUCAUCCACCUCAACAAACAACACCCCAAUAUCCGUUUCACCAUAGACAUAGAGGAAAACGGGAAACUCCCAUUCCUAGAUGUGCUGGUGUCAAAGGAGGCCAACGGCACCCUAGGGCAUCAAGUGUACAGAAAAACAACACACACGGACAGAUACUUACAUGCUGAGUCACACCACCACCCAGCACAAAAACAAUCAGUAAUAAACUCACUGGUACACAGAGCCUUCGCCAUCUCCGACAGAGGACAUCUACGGACAGAAAUAAACCAUCUAAAACAGGCCCUACAAAACAAUGGACACGACAAAAAAGACAUAACCAAAACAAUCAACAAACACACAAACAAGACAACGGCUCCGAACACACAAACAGACGACAGGACCCUAACCAUUCUCCCUUACGUCAAAGGAACUACAGACCGGAUCGGCAGGAUAUUGAACAAACACAAUAUCCGAACUAUCUACAAACCACCCAAAAAGAUAGGACAAAUCUUAAGAAACCCCAAAGAUCCAAGACCGCCACUCAGUUCCGCAGGAACAACGGCUCCGAACACACAAACAGACGACAGGACCCUAACCAUUCUCCCUUACGUCAAAGGAACUACAGACCGGAUCGGCAGGAUAUUGAACAAACACAAUAUCCGAACUAUCUACAAACCACCCAAAAAGAUAGGACAAAUCUUAAGAAACCCCAAAGAUCCAAGACCGCCACUCAGUUCCGCAGGAGUAUACAGAAUACCGUGUUCCCGCGGACAAGUAUACAUCGGGGAAACCGGGAGAAUGGUAAACCUACGGAUAAAAGAACACCAACGAGACGUCAGACUGAAACACGUCACACAGUUGGCACUAUCAGAACAUAACGUCGAAACAGGACAUCAAAUACUGUUUGACCAAGCAACCACGAUAACCAACACCACAUCAUACUUCCCAAGAAAAUACAGAGAAGUCAUAGAAAUACAAAAACACCCUAACAAUCUAAACAGGGAUAAUGGCUAUAACAUAA